AUGUUGUCCUUCGGUUCUACCAUGUCAGGCUCCAGCCUUGAUCGCAAGUCCUAUGUCAGUCUUCCUGCCGGUGAAAGCAAUCACUUCUCGAGUUACUUGGAAGGUGAUAUUCUUGUCCAGUAUGCUUCUGCAUGUCUUGAUGCAGAAUGCAGCCAACUGUCCACUACCAUCGAUCAGUAUGACACGUCUACUCCGGAAGGCGAAGAGUACGAAUUUGUGGCUUCGACACGCAUUUUCGCCACCCGGAUGGCAUCAUCUAGGCAGUUCCGUGAUGCAGUCGAAGCAGCCUACCUCGAAUACGAUGUGCCGUCUGAUCAAAGACCAUCUGAAGAUGGAUGUCUGUCUGGCUACUGUCCUGAUGAAAGCGAUUGGUGCGAAUACGAUCCCGAGUGUGGCGUGUCCCCGUAUCAAGAACCAGAAGCAUACUUCUUGGCGGGACCACUCGUUGGUAUCGUGGUUGCCAUCACGGCGGUCAUAUUCCUUGCUUUAUUCGCUCUGCACAGACGUCAAAUGAAGCAAAAGGAGGCUGUUGUGCGCACCAUGUUUGCGAAUCGCGUUGCGGAGGGCAUCACCAUCACUGGCAGCUCUGAUAUUCUGUCACCGGAUCAAUUGGUCGCCGAGUUCGACAAGAUCGACAAGGAUAAGGGAGGAACCCUCGAGAAAGGAGAGCUUUGGGCGUUCUUGGAGUCCGGAAAGGUUGGUAGUAUGAGCCGAAGUGACUUUGAUUUGCUGUUCUCCGUGAUUGAUAUUGAUAAGAGCGGUAAUGUCGACUUCAACGAGUUUGUUGCCUUCUAUUCCCAUGCGAUGGCAAAUGUGGCCCCAAGGUAG